UAAUGAAUCACACGAGCAACAAGAAGCAUAAAUUACAAGUAAUACAGCCAGCAUAUCGAUCACUUGACAACAACUGACGAUGGCAUCAAGAAUAAUGGGAUUAAUCUUGGUGGUACUCGUGCUAGGAAAUUGGCGCAGUAGUUGUGGCAUAGGAGGCGCCAAUGCUCAGUUGAGUCCCAGUGAAUGCAACCAAGAAAGAAGGCUUAUUGAAAAUUCAUGCAGGCCGGUUGCUUUUGGUGCACAACCCUCGGCCGGUUGCUGCCAGCUGGUUAGGGCGGCUCACGUCGAAUGCGUGUGUCCUUAUGUGACUCCCAAAUUGGCAGCCUUAGUUGGGGUACAACGUAUGAUCAAGCUGGUCCGAGGUUGUGGGAGGCCUGUCCCUCCAAACUUCAGAUGUGGCAGUAUCACCACUCCACCGUGAAAAAUGGCCAAAUUGAUCGCUUUAUAUUUACGUUAGAAGAUGAAUGAACGAAUAAUAAGGAGGGAUAUGAUGCAGUAUGCAUGCACCUGCGUGCUUUCGGAUUUGUUGUCCCGCAGUACGUGUAACAAAUCCAUGCAUGUUCUAAUAAAGAAGAGGGAUGUUAUAAAUCUGUACUUCGUAUAAUUAGGUGUGAAUUUAUUAUGGUGUAGUAGGGAUUUAGCCUAAUUACACAAAAAUGUUGUCAAAUACUAAUAAUAGUAGGCUUUCAAUAUGUUUUUGCCUCGAUAUAUUUGAUUUUUCACGCUUA